AUGCAAUCAAGUUGUAGGGUCUUUUGGGCUGCUGCCCAUGCCUCAAGACCUUCAUGCACAUCUUUAUCUCGCCACGUGCAUUCCAGUGCUCGGAAUGCCCUGAUCUACCCGUCCAGCCAGUCGCUUCCUUCCACGAUCCCCAGUGCUUUUGGUGCUGCCCAAGAUGUUCACGUCCAGAAAAGGCGUAGAUACUCUUUGCAUCAAGGCGCACCCGCGCCUACGUCCCCGACCGACCAGGCCAAACAAGACACGCAGGGGCCAAGAGAGACCGAAUCUCUCUUCUACAACAAGGAAGAUGUUCAACCUAUAAGAUACAAGAAGCAACAUUCCAAAUCACAAAAGUCAGAAUGGAAUGGAGAAAAAGAUUCGAACGUAACUUCGCUGAAGAACAGCGUCUUUAAAGACGAUCUCGCUUUGGGGAGGCCAUCAAAGAGUGACAAGCCGGCAAAGGGUGCAGCUGGUGGGAAAGGAAAGAAGAGACGAUUGGAACUCAAAGAUUUGGCCGUCUCCAAUAAGAAGGAGCCGUGGCAGUUACAAAAGCGAGCGCUGAAGGAGAAGUUCGGCGACAACGGCUGGAAUCCUCGAAAGAAGUUAUCUCCAGACACCAUGGAAGGAAUCCGAGCACUCCACGAACAAGACCCGGACAGAUGGUCUACCCCGGUACUGGCAGAUCACUUCAAAGUCUCUCCUGAAGCCAUUCGCCGCAUCCUCAAAAGCAAAUGGCGACCUUCCGAAAAGGAGCUGGAGAAAAGGAGAGAGCGCUGGGCAAACCGGCAUGAUCGCAUCUGGGAUAAGUUGGCAGAACUGGGAUUGAGGCCCCAACGGACCAAGGAAAAGCCUCUCGAAGACCCAGAUGAAUUCGAAGAGAACUUUAAAGCAAAGGAGAUUUUGGAUAAUGCACGGAAUGCUUGA